AGUUAUGGGUUUUAUUAUUAGAUCAACCCAAAAUAGAUUUUUUAAUUUUUUAUGAAUUAAAAAAAAAAAGAAUACCAGGCUAGUAGGGAGGGGAGGGAAUGAAGGGACGGAUAGCUAGUCUAGUUAUAGGAGUGUAAGAAGGAAUUAUUAUUACAAAGAGAAGGCAAGUUGAGGGUUAGAGAGAGAAAGCUAGAGAGAGAGAGAAGUCUAAGAUGCUUUCGGCUAGGCCUGGCCUCGUCUAUGCUGUAUUUGGGCAGUUGUUGUUAACUAGACCCUUACAACUUCUUCUCUCCCUUACUACCUUUUUGCAAAGAACAUAGAAAACCUCUCUCAUAAGCUCUUCCUCGUUCGUCGGGAAAUUAAGAAAUGUGGGAUCUCAAUGACACUCCUGAUAUUCAACGACCUCCAAGGGAUGAUGAAUCCGAAGGCUGUUCUUCACAAAAGACGUCGAUCGACGGUGAAGAUUUUAAUAAUUAUGAGAAGGGUAAGCGGGUCGGAUCCGUAUCCAAUUCGAGCUCUUCUGCAGUUGUAAUCGAGGACGGAUCGGAGGAAGAUGAUGGAGUUGACAGAGGAGCUGGCAGAAUCAAGAAGAGGAGUAGCAAGAUAUUCGGAUUCUCGGUCGAGGAGCAGGAGCAGGAGCAGGAGGAGGAGGAAUACCCUCCGGUGACCCGGCAGUUCUUCCCGGUCGAUCAAGACCCGGACAUGGGGUCCAGUUCAGGUGGUGGUGUUGGUGGAGGAGUCGGGUUCCCUCGGGCCCAUUGGGUUGGUGUCAAAUUCUGCCAAUCCGACCCAUUACCCGUUCAGAAACCCAUCGAGUUCAGUCAGCAACCUCUGAAGAAGAGCAGGCGUGGCCCCCGCUCUAGAAGCUCACAGUACAGAGGCGUCACCUUCUACCGGAGAACCGGCCGCUGGGAGUCCCAUAUAUGGGAUUGUGGGAAGCAAGUUUAUCUAGGUGGAUUUGACACCGCACAUGCAGCUGCUCGUGCAUAUGAUAGAGCAGCGAUCAAGUUCCGAGGAGUAGAUGCAGAUAUCAAUUUUAGCAUUGAAGAUUAUGAGGAAGACCUGAAACAGAUGAGCAAUCUUACAAAGGAAGAAUUUGUGCAUGUACUUCGCCGACAAAGCACUGGGUUUCCGAGAGGAAGCUCCAAGUAUAGAGGAGUAACCUUGCACAAAUGUGGAAGAUGGGAAGCAAGAAUGGGCCAAUUUUUAGGCAAAAAGUAUGUGUAUCUGGGAUUGUUUGAUACGGAGAUCGAAGCUGCAAGGGCUUAUGAUAAAGCAGCGAUUAAGUGCAAUGGUAAAGAGGCUGUCACAAACUUUGAUCCCAGCAUUUAUGAUAAUGAGCUGAACUCUUCAGAAUGUACUCAAGGAAUCGCUGCAAAUCACAAUCUUGAUUUGAGCUUGGGCAGUUCAGCUUCUGGUGAAAACAGUCGGGAAUUUGGCAACGAUCGGCGAAAUGCAGACAUUGAUCAGCAGUCUACCUCUGUGCCUUUGGAAGCCGAUUGGCGUGGUCGGGGAUUUAGGCCUACGCUUAACUUGCCUCAAGGAACAUACCGGAGCGUCGGUGAUGUUCAAAGAAGAGAUGGGUACAUUGAGGAAGAGACAAUGCAUCUUCUUAGCCAAACCCACCUCCAAUCUCCAGCAGCCUCAAUAGACAAGUCAUAUGAAAUGCAAAAAAAUGGGCAAUUCAGGAGACCUGGAGAUAGUCCUACGAUCCACGUGUAUCCCCAUCACCAUGUUACAGGCGAACAGCAUAUGACCAGACCGAGUCAUCAAAUUCAGUUUCCUCCGAGCAGCAGCAAUGGAGGCCGAAUUGGGAGUGAUCUAUCGCUAUCGACAACCGAUCAUGAUCAACAACAAUGGCAAUCAACAUCAACUCAUCCUCAAUUGUUUACAACUGCUGCUGCAGCAUCAUCAGGAUUCCCACAGCAGAAUAUUAGACAACAAAACUGGCUCCAUCAUCAGAAGAAUGGGUUCCAGUCUCUAAUGAGACCCUCCUAAGUCCUAUUUAACAACCCAUCUAAAUAUCUAAUUAUAAUAAACUAGCCAUGUAUGUUUGUCAGCAUUGUACAAGAGAAACAUCAAUGCAUGCUUUGAGACCCCCAAAAGAAAUAAAUAUAUAGAGAAAUUCCAACUCUGUUAGAAAAUCUGGUCUUCGGUCAAACAACUAGGUAAAUUUCGUUCUGGGUGUCUGACUGGGACAACUGGGUUAUUAUCUUUGCAUAUAUUUCUUUGCCGACCUAUUAUUCAGUACUGUCACCUAUGAUAUGACGCUACUAUUUUAUUUGACUAUAAUUGUUAUCAAUACAAUGUGCUCCAACCCCUUGACCCUCA